AUGGAGGCGGUGGUCGUCGACGCGGGCUCCAAGCUGCUCAAGGCCGGCAUCGCGGCGCCCGACCAGGCGCCCCCGCUGGUGAUGCCGUCGAAGAUGAAGGUGGAUGUGGAGGACCAGGAGCUGGCCGACGGCGCCGUGGUGGAGGAGGUGGUGCAGCCGGUGGUGCGCGGCUUCGUCAAGGACUGGGACGCCAUGGAGGACCUACUCAACUACGUCCUGUACAGGAACAUUGGGUGGGAGAUUGGGGACGAGGGCCAGAUUCUCUUCACCGAACCGCUCUUCACGCCAAAGACUCUUCGGGAGCAAUUGGUGCAGCUUAUGUUUGAAAAGUUCAAUGUUUCAGGCUUUUAUGCCUCUGAACAGGCUGUAUUGUCACUCUAUGCUGUUGGACGCAUUUCAGGAUGUACAGUUGACAUUGGGCAUGGGAAAAUAGAUAUUGCUCCAGUUUGUGAAGGAGCUGUUCAACACAUAGCUUCCAAGAGAUUAGAGAUUGGGGGAGUUGACUUGACAAAUCUGUUUGCACAAGAACUGAAAAAAUCCAAUCCAUCAGUAAACCUUGAUGUUUCUGAUGUUGAGAGGCUGAAAGAGCAGUAUGCAUGUUGCGCAGAAGAUCAGUUGGCUUUUGAAGCUAUAGGAAGCUCUUGCCAACCAGAAAAGCACACUCUUCCUGAUGGGCAGGUUAUAACAAUUGAAAAAGAGGGGUACAUUGUUGGUGAAGCUUUAUUUCAACCACAUAUAUUGGGCUUGGAAGAUUAUGGUAUCGUUCACCAGCUAGUUACUAGUGUCUCAAAUGUUUCAUCAGAGUACCAUCGUCAGCUGCUUGAAAAUACCAUGUUAUGUGGUGGCACCGCAUCAAUGACUGGCUUUGAGGACAGGUUCCAGAGAGAAGCAAAUCUGUCUGCUUCAGCAAUCUGUCCAUCACUUGUGAAGCCCCCUGAAUACAUGCCCGAGAACCUAGCAAGGUACUCGGCCUGGUUGGGUGGUGCGAUAUUGGCCAAGAUCGUUUUCCCUCAAAACCAGCAUGUCACCAAGGGCGAAGUUACUUCUGGUCAUUUGGAUGUUCACAAUUUGAUAAAACUAGUGGAAGGUGAAGUGAUGGAUUGUAACCGUCAGGACUCUUCAGAUAAAAUGCUAGCUGACGCUUAUGUAUGGAGUGAUGCAGGGGACCCCAAUCUUUACGGCGAAUGGGAUUUUGAGGAGUGGAAGAAACUGCAUAUGAAGGAUUUCCUUGCGAUGACGAAUGGUUUCAUGCAUGAACUCGAACAGCCUGAAUCCAAGACCAGGGUGGAGACCUACGAGUCAUUCAUGCAACAACAUGAACAGCCUGCGCCAGGGACCCAGGUUGAGGGUUGA